CUUGUCCCGGAAUGAGCAUGCCUGCCCUUUGCGAGCAGGUUUGGGUCUCUCACGAAGAGGAAACCAAAAGCGGUGAGAGAGAGGGAAGGCAGAGCGACCAAUCAAGGGCAGGGUGAGGCACGAAACCAGCAGCUCCCUGGGGAGCCCGGCAGAGGCUGGGGGCGAUGGCGGAGCUGCAGCAGCUGCAGGAGUUUGAGAUCCCCACGGGCCGCGAGGCUCUGCGGGGCAACCACAGUGCCCUGCUACGCGUCGCAGAUUACUGCGAAGACAACUACGAGAAGGCCACAGACAAGCGGAAGGCGCUGGAGGAGACCAUGGCCUUUACCACCCAGGCCCUGGCCAGCGUGGCCUACCAGGUGGGCAACCUGGCCGGGAACACUUUGCGCAUGUUGGACCUGCAGGCAGUCGCUCUGCGACAGGUGGAAGCCCGUGUGAGCACACUGGGCCAGAUGGUGAACAUGCACAUGGAGAAGGUGGCCCGAAGGGAGAUAGGCACUUUGGCCACUGUCCAGCGGCUGCCCCCCAGCCAGAAAGUCAUCGCCCCUGAGAGCCUACCUCCUCUCACGCCCUACUUCAGGAGACCCCUCAACUUCGGUUGCCUGGAUGACAUUGGCCAUGGGAUCAAGGAUCUGAGCACGCAGCUGUCGAGGACCGGCACCCUGUCUCGAAAGAGCGUCAAGGCGCCUGCCACACCCGCCUCUGCGACUCUGGGGAGGCCGCCCCGGAUCCCAGAGCCAGUGCAGCCCCCGGUGGUACCCGACGGCAAACUCUCCGCAGCCUCAUCUGCCUCUUCCCUGGCCUCGGCCGGCAGUGCGGAAGGUGUUGGGGCCUCUAAGACCAAGGGGCAGGCAGUAGCCCCACCCCCUCCUCUUCCCAGCUCCGUGGCCCCACCUCCUCUACCAGCCUCCGAUAUCUGCCUGCUGCCCCCACCUGGUAAGCUCUUUUCCUGGAGCUAGGGGAGGGGGCUCCCUCUGCCACUCGCAGCCUUUCUGCUUUUCCUCCCAGCCCCAGAGCUGCCCCCUCCUCCGAUCCUGGAUGUAGAGGACUUGGAACUGCCACCGCCACCUCCACCAGACUUUGGGCCAGAAGAGCUUAGCUGGGUCCCUGCUUCAUACUUGGAGAAAGUGGUGACAGUGUACCCAUACACUGGCCAGAAGGACAACGAGCUCUCCUUCUCUGAGGGCACUGUCAUCUGCAUCACCCGCCGCUUCUCCGAUGGCUGGUGUGAGGGUGUCAGCUCGGAGGGGACUGGAUUCUUCCCGGGUAAUUAUGUGGAGCCCAGCUGCUGACAGCCUGGGGCUCUGGGCUGCUGACUAGAGGCUCUUCUCUGAGGGAAACUGGAGCCCCAGGCCAAAGCCAACUCCAAGGUCAAGCAAGGCUGAACUAGGCCUGCCCACCUCUGUGAGCUGUGUCUGCACCUUCCCCCACUGUGGUGGGAAGGGGUCCUGAGGAGAGAGAGGAGGUGCCCAGAGGCCUGUCACAGCCAGGAAAGAACUGGAAGCCGAGGAGUUUGGUGAUCUUGUAUACAGAGGACCCCUAUUCCACAGAGGGCGGGGUCUCCAGCUGCAAGUGCCAACUUCCAAUAAAAACUCUGAUGAACUCCUGAUGACUGCCCUGCAGGGCUGGGGGCCCAGAGAGAGAAGGGACUGAAAGGCAUUUCACCUCUAAGUCUCCUGCUAAUCAUUGAGCCGCUCUGUCUGCUCUUAGCAGCAGUAUAUCUCCCUUCUCCUCGAUCUUCAUUACUGCCCUUUGUACUGGACCCAGUUGCCCUCUGCAGAUGGGCCACGCACCGUGUUCUUUUGUCUGUUGUCUGUGUUCAUCCUUGGUUCCUUAAGCUGGGCACUGGCCAAGAGUGGAGACCAGUCCCCUCA